AUGGGGUCACACACACUGAGGGAUCGUGAAAUAGAUGACCUAUUGCACCAAUAUGAUAGUGAAGACGGAUUAGAAGACGAUGAUGACAGCGUCAUUGAUCCAGAUUUUCAGCCGUUAUUAGAAGAUUUAGAAAUAUUUUCUGAUUGUGAAGAAGAUACUGCAGUUGAUAUAGAUUCAAUUAUCGAAGAAUCUGAACGCAGUGAGCCUGUUGCUGGCGCCUCGUCUUCAGAUCCUGGACAGCAAGAGAGCCAUUCAAAUAAAGCUACCACUAAUAAAAAAGGAAAAAAAGCGACAAUUACAAUGGAAAAAGAAAAACCUAGUUCUAAACGACCAGCAGUUGCGAUUUACAGGAAAUACUACUUUACCACCUAA